CUGCGUGAUAAAAGCCCACACUGCACACCGAGACCACUCGGUCUCUAACGAACGACUAUACGACACGCGCGUGCGACAACACGACGACGACGACACCAUGACAUCCCCCUCUCCCGCCUCGGAGCGGACCAUCCCCCUGCCGACGACACCAGUCAUCAGCGGCCCAGUAACUGCCGCGCUGACCUCGGACUCGACCAUCGCCCCGAGCACGGCGCCGCUGCGCUCGUCGAACGGCUCGUCCACCACCCCGCCGCCCAAAGCGCCCCCAGCCUCCCCACGCCGGGGCCUCCGCCAGGCCAUCCUCCACGCCGUCCUUCACACCCCGCCUAGCUUCUAUGCCAUCACGAUGGGCACAGGUAUCACGUCCAUCCUGCUGCACAACUACCCGUACCAGGGCCACUGGCUGCAGUACCUCGGCGUGAUCGUCUUCGUGCUCAACAUCAUCAUCUUCUCGAUCCUCACCAUCUCAAAUAUCCUCCGGUACACCAUCUACCACGGGCUGUUCUGCACCGUCGCAAAGCACAACGUCGCGAGCAUGUUCUGGGGCUGCAUGCCGAUGGGCUUCAGCACGAUUGUUAACAUGGUAUGUUUCGUCUGCGUCGAAGCAUGGGGCGAGCGAUGGGCAUACGCCGCGUUCGGCCUGUGGUGGGUCAACGUCCUGCUCGCCGUGCUCGUCAACUUUGGCAUGAUCUUUGUUCUCUUCACGCGCCAAAGCCAGACACCAGCAUCCCUCGCUCCGACCUGGCUACUGCCCAUCGUCGGCACAGUCGUCGUGGCUGCGUCAGGCGCAGUCGUGGCGCAGUCCCUCGCGCCGUACAACGCCGGCCUGGCGCGCUCCACCAUCCUCUGCUCCUUCGUCAUCUGGGGCACUGGUGUCCCGCCCGCACUCAUGAUCAUCACGCUGUGGAUCUACCGCGCGGCGAUGCAGGGCCCGCCUGCACCCGCCGCUCUGGCCUCCGUGUUCCUCCCCCUCGGGCCCUGCGGCCAGGGCGCGUUCGGCAUCAUCUCCAUGGGCGUCGGCGUCCGCACGCUCGCGUACAAGUACUCCUUCCCCAUCAUCCCUGGACUCACUGAGGCCGAGGGCGCGCAGAGGAUUGCCGACGCCAUCUACGCCGGGUGCGUGCUCACCGGCCUCGUGCUCUGGGGCCUCGCGCUCCUGUGGUACACUAUCGCCGUGGCGCUCUUCCUCGACCAGUGGCGCAAGGACUGGCGCCUCCUCGGCCCUGGCAAGUUUUCCGUCGGCCUCUGGGCCCUCACUUUCCCGAUCGGCGUGUUCGCUACCUCGACGAUCGUGCUCGCUGCCGAGCUCCGCUCGCCUGCGUUCAAAGUCAUCGCAGCGUUCCUGUCGGCCCAGGUCAUCCUCCACUUCCUGUAUGUCGGCGGCGCAACGCUGUGGAUCACGAUCACCGGCGCGAUCUACAACGCGCCAGAGAUCGCCGGCGCCGACGUGUACACCCGCAAGGAGUGGAGCCGGCGUGUCGCCGACGACAUUGAGGCGGGGUGCGGGGACGAGCCAGCGGCGGCCGCAGUGGAGAAGGCAACAAGGUAGAAAGGCAGGACUGGAACUGUUCAACUGUAGGCAUUAUAGAUCAUGUAGAAUUAGAAGCAACCAUGUCAU